GAGCCCAAGGGUCCCAAGUUAUACAAGGAAAGGGUAAAAAUCCAGUACUCUUUUGACCUCCCUUUUCCACCACAACUGGUAAUCAAUCCUGAACGUAACAUCACAAAAGCUUCCAAUCACAUAAAGUUUUAGGGUUCAGAAGGUGAGGACACAUUGCUCUUGAUGGUUCGCCAUUCCACUUUACUUUCCUCCCCGAAGAGUCCUAGUUCUACAGGCUGGGCUCUGUAGCUCACGCUUUGUUCACGCAAGUCUACUAUUCUCUGUAACUCUGUACCGCCUAGGAAUCUGCACGGUUCCCGCGGUGUCUCUUCUUCUUCUCCUCUCUGCCGACUUCUCCGGCGACCCCUCGCCGGAAUCGACCAGCGGCUGACUGGCGAGCACAGCCCGAUGGAAGAUCGUCUACGGCUGUUCCUGGCGGAGACCACAUUCUACAAUGAGAUGGUGCUAAGCAGCCUCUUGCCGGAGGGAGUUUGGCGCGCUUUGCCCCACUUCUUCCAGACGUGGCUGCGUAACUACAUUGGCGGAACCUUGAUUUAUUUUUUAUCUGGUUUUCUCUGGUGUUUCUAUAUUUAUUACUGGAGGCGCAACGUUUAUCUUCCCAAAGAUUCCAUCCCUUCAACAUCUGCUAUGCUCUUGCAAAUAUCUGUUGCAAUGAAGGCCAUGCCGUGGUACUCUGCUCUACCAACUAUUUCUGAAUAUAUGAUUGAAAAUGGCUUGACCCAGUGUUUCCCUAGGAUAAUUGAUGUUGGCUGGGUUGCCUACUUUCUGUACAUUAUAAUUUAUCUUGUAAUUGCGGAGUUUGGGAUUUACUGGAUGCACAGAGAAUUGCACGAUAUAAAACCUCUGUACAAAUAUCUUCAUGCAACACAUCACAUAUACAACAAACAGAACACUCUUUCUCCAUUUGCAGGUUUGGCAUUUCAUCCACUGGAUGGGAUACUACAGGCGGUACCGCAUGUCAUUGCACUAUUCCUUGUGCCAACUCAUUUCACGACACAUAUAGCUCUUCUAUUUCUUGAGGCCAUAUGGACAGCAAAUAUUCAUGAUUGCAUUCAUGGCAAGCUGUGGCCUGUAAUGGGUGCCGGCUACCAUACCAUUCACCACACUACGUACCGUCAUAACUAUGGCCACUACACGAUAUGGAUGGAUUGGAUGUUCGGAACUCUUCGCGACCCAUUGAAUGACGCAGAGAAAAAGAUGUGAUGUAUAAUGUGCUGCUAUUCCCUUGGGAUUGGUCUUUCUGGUUAAUCUCUUGUGCUGCAGGUGCCAUCAUUGCAUGCUUUCAUUUUUUAAAUGCAAAAAAUAAAAAAGAGUAAUGUGCAUUUUCUGUGUAACUUAUGUUGGUUUUCGUUUGAUUUAAUGGAAAAAACCGUCGUUUUUGUCUUAAA